CGUACUUCCUGGCUCCAGGGGUGCGGCUUUGUGAGUUUGUGAGUGCUAAACUGUUAGCAACUGCUAGCCAGCUAACGUUACAGUUCUAAAAGGGGGUAUUUCAGAAGUGCGAAUUAUGAAAUUAAAGCAGAAAUUAUUUACGACUCUGUAGUUAAGACCUGGUGGUUGCAGAUCGUAGCGGUAGAGGGUGGCGGGGAUGCUGCUUUGCAAUGGGAAACAUUUUCGGCAGAAAGAGACGCCCCACUCGAGUGACGGAGCAGGACAGAGCCGUUCUUCAACUGAAACAGCAGCGAGACAAACUUAAACAGUACCAGAAGAGAAUCAGCUUACAGCUGGACAAGGAGCGGCUACUGGCCAAACAACUGCUUAAGAAUGGAAAGAAAGAGAAGGCCCUGCUUCUGCUCAAGAAGAAGCGGUACCAGGACCAGCUGCUGGAGAAAACGGAGAACCAGAUUAGCAACCUGGAGCGCAUGGUUCAGGACAUUGAGUUUGCCCAGAUCGAGACGAAGGUUAUCGAAGGACUGAAGGUUGGAAACGACUGCCUAAAGAAGAUGCACGAGGCCAUGUCCAUCGAAGAAGUGGAGAGGAUCAUGGAUGAGACCCAGGAUGCCAUCGAUUACCAGAGGCAAAUUGACGACAUGCUGGCAGGCUCCCUGACACAAGAGGAUGAGGAUGCUGUGCUGGCAGAGCUUGAGGCAAUCACAGAGGCGGAGGAGGUGGAGCUCCCGGAGGUGCCAGCCGAGUCUCUGCCCGAGGUGCCCGAGGAGGAGCCCGAGGCGGAGCCAGAGCCAGAGCCAGAGAGAGGAGCGAAGAAGAAGCCGGAGAGAGAGAUGCUGGCUGUGUAAUAAUACCUCCACACGCCCCCCCCCCGGCAGCCCCACGCUGUCCACGCUCACCCGCCGCUGACUCACCCCCGCACCCCCACACAACUGUCACUGAUCCAGGAACAGCCUGAGAGGGGCUCCACACAGACAUGCGCAUUCAUACAUGCUCGCUCUGGUGCGCACGCACGCGCACCGACACACACACACACACACACACACACCACAGGCGCACACACACACCUCAGCUGUGUUUCUGAGGAGUAAGCUGUUCUGUCAGCGGUUUGACACUUCCAUAAUGAAUUACUGUUUUGUUUAUUAUUAGGGGACAUGGUUAACUUCUAUUGAAAUUACAUGGGUAUAAACACGCAGACACAUUUGGGAAUGAUUAAUCUU